CAUCAGUCGAGGCUGAGCUAGUGAGCCUGUCGCAUCCAGAGGACCCUGAGAAGAGGCUGUGAUUUCAGUUCAUCUUCCUGUGCCUUUCCGCGCUGGCAUUUUCAGCUCUGCCUUCGUGUUGUUCUUGGAUUGUCCCCGCUGUGGCUCCGUGUUAGUUUUCACAUCAGCCAUGUCAUUCUCCCAGCUGGGUUACCCCCAGUAUUUAAGCGCCACCCAAGCGGCGUACGGAGGCGAUCGGACUGGGGUGCUUUCCGCGUCUUUCCGGGGCAGCCCCUCGGAGAUCGGUGCGGGUCAGUCUGCCACAGCGGCAGUCACGUCGGUGCUGGGCAUGUAUGCAAACCCUUACGCGGCUCCCGGCUAUAGCGCCUUUCUGCCGUACAGCAGCGCGGACCUUGCGCUCUUCUCGCAGCUGGGUGCGCAGUAUGAGCUUAAAGAUAGCCCCGGUGCUCUUCCGUCCAGCUUCGCGGCCCACGCCGCGGCCGCCUUCUACCCGUACGGCCAGUGCCAGUAUGGGGACGCCGCUAGAGUCAAGAGUGCCACUCGGGAGACGACGACCACGCUGAAAGCCUGGCUUCAGGAGCACAAGAAAAACCCGUAUCCCACCAAGGGGGAAAAGAUCAUGCUGGCCAUCAUCACCAAGAUGACCCUCACGCAGGUGUCCACCUGGUUCGCCAACGCCCGCAGGAGACUCAAGAAGGAGAACAAGGUGACAUGGGGACGCAGUGCUGAGGACCGGGAUGGCAAAAUAUUCGACAGCGAUAACGAAGGGGCCACUGUAAAAAACGAAGAUGAGGAGAUUGACCUGGAAAGCGUAGAUAUAGACAAGAUUGACGAGAACAAUGCGGACCAAAGUAACGAAGAGGACGAUGGUGAUGAAGAUGAGGAUGAUAACUUCGAUGAAAGGGAGGGCCGCGAAAGUACGCAUAAAAGACAAACGCAAAAUUGCACGGAGAACCCGAAGUAUACCUCUGCCGACAAGGAGCAAUCAAUUGACAAAAACAGAAGCAUAAUUUCUUCCGACGAGCAAAGCAGUUCCCAAAUUCCCCCGUGCCAUAAACCCAAAAUAUGGUCGUUAGCCGAAACGGCUACGUGUCCCGACAGCUCUCAGAAAUCGGCGAUGCCCCCUGGAGCAGCCAGCCGGACCUCGAUACCCAUCCAGCACCCGGCUUUCCUGCCGAGCCAUGGAGUAUACACGUGCCAGAUCGGAAAAUUACAAAACUGGACGAAUGGCGCUUUCCUGGGCCAAAACGGCCUGCCUAACGUGAAGUCGGUUCUGGGCCUGGAUCAUGGUCACCAGACGUAUAGUAUGAAGGCCCACGCAGGACAGAAGGCGCCCCCCAAAUCUGCGCCUGACAGCGAGAGCUCCGCGGAGGACAUGAGCCCGAAGCUCACAGAUCAGGGAAAUGUUCAAAGGACAGUGUCUCCGAUGCCGGCAAUAAAACCAUCGCUUCAGCACGUGCGUGACAGUUCCAGGGUCCAGUAUGAAAAACAGAGGCUUUUACGUCCCCCCGUUCUAUCUGCUCUCACCUCCACCUGAUGAAGACAUUAUUAUUGUUAUUAUUAUUAUUAUUAUUAUUAUUAUUAUUAUUAUUAUUAUGACGAAUUUCAGGCAAAAAUAAGCUGACGGCAAAGGACCCUAUCCCUAACACUGCCCCAAGUUCCCCGUUUCCCUGCAGCGUUCUGUCGAUAUUUACCCUCCGUACUGAGAAAUUACCUUCCUUCUUCCUCUCAUGCCACUUACGUUUUUUCCCUUAUACGCGUUUUUGAGUUUUGUUUUUGUUUCUGUGAAUAAGAUUGUGUAUAUGCACAUAAUUUGUCCAAAAUACAGCCUAU